AUGGCUGCCUCCGCCGCCGAAGCCACCGACCCCCCGCCGGAGACGCCGCUCACAGCGCCGCGCGGCCGCGGAAACGACGGCGUGGGUGGGAGGGUGGAGGAGCUGUGCUGCGUCUGCCGCCUCCCCGCCGAUCCGGUCCGCAGGCUGGCCCCCCUGAGCGACGGCAAUUUCGUCCACUACGACUGCCGCUGCGAGGUGUGCGAGCGCAAAGCCCUUAGGCUGUCCGUGUGGGAGUUCAUGGCGGGCUUGCCAGGCAAGCUCACGAGCCUGCUGCUCCCCCUCUUCUUUGCCGUCUGUGUCCUCGGUGAAACAGUCAUGCACCUCAUCACCUUACAAACUUGGCGCCUCGUUUUCGCCAGCACCUUUGCUGAAGUGUACCAUCUGGUCUCCCUCCGCCUCUCUGCCACCUCAAUCAUCGCUUUGGUAUCGUUCCUUGCUGCAUUUGCGAAUAGGUUUGCGCCGUUUGCCGUGGCUCCAUUUGCGCGCUGGGUUAAACGCCUAGAAACCCGGUGUCAGGGAUGGUGGGGCAUUGAUGGCUGGCAAGUCUUCCAGCUAUUUACUGUUGAAGCCUGCUUGGUGGUGUUAAUAGCUGACAUGGCUGUUGCUUGUAUUUUUGGUUUACUCCCAUUCUCACUUGGAAGGAUAAUUUUAUGGUGCAAGCCGUCUUUCAAUUUUAACAGUGUGGAUGAAGUCGACUCCUAUACUUCAACUUCAACAACUAUUCUGGUUGGAUAUGGAUAUAUCUUUUCUGUGGGCGUAUUUUUUGUUGGGCUGAAUACUUUUCGUGAAUACUUGACCGGGGAGCGCCUUACGAUUGCAAUUCUCUUUAGAAAGCUUUCUGGUAUAUUCUUCAGAGGGAUCUUGCGUUCAAUCAUUGGUGCCAAUAGUGGUGUUAAUCUUUUAUACAUAUAUAUACUACACCCAUUGUUCAUUGGUUGGUUGCUUGAUAUGUGCACUUCAAAAUUGUUUGGUGCAACAAUGUCUCAGAGGUUCAAAUUUCUGAUUGUGCCAUCGUUUUCUUCUAUGGCUCUUCACUGGUUUACUGGACGCAACAUUUUGAGUCUGCGCAACAGAGUCUUCGUAUUUCUCCGCAAGGUAUUGAAGCUAGGAAUUAGGAUUUGCUUUAUCCGACAUAAUAUUUAUGAACCAUUCUAUAUAUUCUAUUUCAAGAGGCUUCCUGGCCUUUUUGACGACAUUAUAUUCAUUGCUCUAGUAAUCCUUGUUCCUACUAAAAUUGCUGUCCAGUUGGAACCUGAGGAGUUCCCGCUAGACAUCACCUACUUCGAUCGUCCUGCUGAGGGCACAUCAUUCUGGCAAGGGCCACGGUACUACGCAGAGGCACUUUCUGGUAUUCUUUAUCUCAGGUUUCUCACUGACAAUACAGUUUUAUACCUCGAGUGGUUAGUCUGGAGGGUAAGAUGCUAUUGGCUCUUCACUGCUGGAGAUGCCCUGUGGAACAUUGUCUCACCGAGGGAACAUUAUGAUAGCAGCGAUGAAGUUAACAAUAGAAGGAAAUUUGUUGUUGUUCAAACAAUGCCACAGGUGGUGCUAUCAUGGUUGGCAGUUGUGAUAUUCAAUUCUGCUAUGCUUUUAUCUUCAAUAUCUAUUGGCCGUACAUUGGUAUUUGCCGUCCCUGAGCUGAUAGUACGAGCUCAAAUGAAGUCCAAUGAUCUGUUUGCUAUUGCCACUGGAUAUGGCAUAGUAUCAAUUGUUAUUGCCGCCUCUAGAGAUGCAUUUGUUCGCGUGGCUUAUGGGGGAACUUCAACUGUCUGUUGCCAGAUUGUGUUCAUUCCUCUUUGGAUCGGUUUGCUGGUUGAUUUAACACUGCUUUCACCCUUCAUCGGGCCUGGUAAUGGUGUUCCAGUUCUAGACUUUUUCUGCACUUGGGCCCUGGGGCGGAUAACACAGAUUUAUGGGAUAAGAUUGGCUCGUCGGUACAAAGUCAGAGGCAGGCUCCCUUCCCUGGCUGAUUCCAUUGAGAACUAUUGGACCGGAGACAAGCUGGAAUCUCUUUCAAAGAUGGGACCUUUUGCAACGAAGCUAGUCGUUGCUCUGGGUGUUCCUUAUGUGCUCGCCAAGGGUGUCUUCCCAAGACUAGGCUACCCAGCUGCUGUAAACUCCAUGGUCUACCAUUUCGCGUGGUUGGGCUGCAUCACCUUCUAUGCGCUCUGCUAUCUCACGAAGAUAAAUUCCCAUUCUAAUUAG